AUGUGUUUCUGUCUGGCAGCAGAAGUGCUGACAGAUCUGAAACACACAGGUGCAGCCUCUACCUUCUCUGUUAUGGGCCCCACGGCAGAGGAGGGCCCCACAGCGCAGCUCACACAUAAGGCCCACCGGCGGGAGAAACGCUGCUCAUGUGAGAACCAGAAAGACAAGGAGUGUAUUUUCUUCUGCCACAUUGGCAUCGUCUGGGUCAACACCCCGAGCCAUCUGGUUCCUUAUGGAUUUGGUUCAGUGCGACUCAGGAGGGAGCUCAGUCGCUGCCUCUGCGCUAACAGACAGGAUGCCGAGUGUAUGAACUUCUGCUCCAUCCGGACACAAACAGAAGGGGAAAACGCUUUGGUGAAGAGGAAGACUGACAAGAAGAGAUUCAAAGCUGCAUUCUGGGAAAAGCGGAGCCGACAUGCACUCAAACAUCAGACCUGA